CCGCCUCUUCUCUCCUCUCCGAUUCUCCUGCCAACAACAAUCCUUCCGUCCUUCAAUCUUCUCUCCCAUUAGAACUUUCCACGCUUCAUCAGCAAACAUGGUCACCAAGGUUUACUUCGACUGCGAGUGGGAGGGCCCCGAGGUCCAGGUCGACUCCAAGGGCAACGUCACCUCCACCGGUGGCGUCAAGGAGCAGGCUGGCCGCAUCAACUUCGACCUCUUCGACGAUGUCGUCCCCAGGACCGCCGAGAACUUCCGUGCUCUCUGCACCGGCGAGAAGGGCUUCGGCUACUCCGGCUCCAAGUUCCACCGUGUGAUCCCCCAGUUCAUGCUCCAGGGUGGUGACUUCACCCGCGGCAACGGCACUGGCGGCAAGUCCAUCUACGGCGAGAAGUUCGCCGAUGAGAACUUCAAGCUCCAGCACUCCAAGCCCUUCCUCCUCUCCAUGGCUAACGCUGGCCCCAACACCAACGGCUCCCAGUUCUUCGUCACCACCGUCGUCACCAGCUGGCUCGACGGCAAGCACGUCGUCUUCGGCUCUGUUCCCGAUGGUGACGUCGAGUCCUACAGGGUCGUCAAGGCCAUUGAGGCCUGCGGCUCCGGCUCCGGUUCUAUCAAGUACAAGAAGGCUCCCGCCAUCGUCAGGGCCGGCCAGCUGUAAGCGGCUCGUGCCUGGCGUUGAGAUGACGGGGAUGCCAACUGUUGACUUUGGAUCCCCAUAAUGAGACAUGUUGGCAUGACGAGGUGCAAAAAGGAGCAAGUUAGACAAGCAGUGAUCUUGCUGCCAAUGGAACAAUGAUUUCUGCUGUCA